AAUAUAAUAUUGUCUUUCAGUUCCAACCAGUUCAACAACACCAGCAGUCUGGUCCUCAGCAUCACAAAGCUGGCUGUCCUAGCCAAGGUGGACAUCAGAGGGGUGUCCGCCCCAGACCAGGUCUUCCUGCCUGUUGCUAACUGGCAGCCUAAAGAGAACCCUGUCGUAGGAGAUGACAUCGGCCCACAGAUACUGCACGUCUAUGAGUUGCGUAACAGAGGUCCCAGUACCUUCAGCAAGGCCAUGCUGGACAUCGAAUGGCCCUACAGGUUCAACACGGCUCUCUACUCUACAUCACUAAACUAGAGGUGGACGGAGACGGAGGAAUGAACUGCGAGACAGACAUGGAGAUCCAACCCACUC